AUGAUCGAAUUUUUUUUUCUUUUGAUCUUUCAUUAUUACCUUAAUAUCAGAAAUGACGUACGCAGCGAGAAACCUAUUGAUGAUCCUGAAUGGCAAAAAUUACCACCCGACGAAAAAGUACAACACAAGUUAUGGAAUGCACGUUUAGCUGGUUACGAAGAAUGUGGAAAACUAUUUGCUACACAAGAUUCAAGCAAAAGUGGAGAAUUUGAAGAUUAUUUAGAUCUUUUACCAAGAUUUGCUCAGGAUGCUAAUGAAAAUGCAAAAGAAAAAGGUUUAGAAGCUCUACUUGUUUUUAUUCAAGAAGCACAUGUUGCACGAUUUACUGUUGGUGAAAUUGUUCCAACAUUAAUGAGUAAAUGUCUUAGUGGAAGACCAAAAAUUAAAGAACGAAGCUUUGAUAUUCUUCUUAUGUAUAUUGAAAUUGACAAAAAUGCUGAAAUAGAAGACGAACUUGUUAAAGGUUUAGAAAAUAAACAACCAAAAGUGGUUCAAGCUUCUCUUGAACUACUUCGAAAAGGCUUAUCAGAAUUUGGUUCAAAAGUUCUUCCAAUUAAACCAUUUCUUCCAAAAGUUGUUCCACUUCUUGAAGAUCGUGAUAAAACUGUACGUGAUGAAGCUAAAUUAUUACUUGUUGAAGUAUACAAAUGGAUUGGUAAACAAACUCUCAUGCCAAUGAUACAAAAUGUUAAACCUAUUCAGUUACAAGAAUUACAAACUGAAUUUGACAAAUUAGAUUUGAAUGGUGCUGAUAAACCACGACAAACACGUUUUCUUCGUUCACAGCUAAGUGUUAAACAAAAACAAGAAAACGUAGCUGCAAGUGGUGGUGGUGGUGGUGCGGCUGCAUCAGCAGGUGUUGAUGAAGCUGAAGCUGAAGCACAAGAAGAACUUGAUCCACUUGAAAUGUUAGAAGCAACAAAUAUUAUUGAUCGUUUACCAAAAGAAUUUUUCGAGAAAAUUGAAUCAAAACAAUGGAAAGAACGAAAAGAAGUUUUAGAUGAUUUAUUAACAAUAUUAACACAAAAUCCAAAAUUAGCACCAGACGCUGAUUAUUUCGAACUUGUUAAAGCACUUUCCAAGAUUAUUUCAAAGGAUAGUAAUGUACCUGUUGUUCUUGUUACAACAAAAUGUAUGACAGCAUUGGCUAAAGGUUUACGAAAAGCAUUUAAAAAUCAUGCUGUUAAUGUACUUGAAGUAUGUCUUGAUCGAUUUCGAGAAAAGAAACCAAAUGUAAUUGAAGCGUUACGUGAAACAUGUGAAGCUUCAUACCCUGGAACAAAUCUUGAACAAAUGGCAGAAAUAGCAGUUGCAGCAUUAUCACAUAAAACACCUAUUGUUCGACAAUGUACUGAACAAUUUCUUACAAAAUGUUUUGCUAUGGCUACACAAACAACAUUACCGAAGAAAGUUCUCAAACUUUAUCUACCACCAUUAAUUAAAAAUACAGGAGAUGCAGAUCCAAGUGUUCGUGAUAGUGCAUUUGAGAGUCUUGGGAUGUUAUGGAAAUGUCUUGGUGAAAAACAUAUACUUCCACAUGUUACUGAUUUAGAUGAACUUAAAUCGACAAAAAUCAAAGAAUAUGCUGAAAAAGCAAUUCUAUUAAAUGCACGUGGUGAGCCUCGUCCUCCACCUACAGCUCCACCACCACCACCACCACCAGUAACUACAAUAGUCAAAACAGUGAAAGGUGGUGGUGCUGUUAUAACCAAACCUGAAGUUAUAAUACCAGAUAAAGAUGAUGAUGAUGAAGAAGGACCUGCUUCAUCACCACCGCCAAAAGGAAGUACAGCUACUAUAAAAAAGAAACCUGCUGCAGGUACAAAAGCAGGUGCUGCUGCUGCGGCUGAAACAGUCGAUGACAAGAAAAAAGAUACUAAAGGAAAAGCAAAUGUACCUCCAUCUGGUAAAACACCUCCAGGCAAUGCUGCAUCAACAACAACAGUCAAAGGUGGUCGGCCAGUUCCUGGUAAAGGUCGACCAGCAACUGCUCCAUCACCACCAAAACAACAUAUAGAAACAGAACCAGAAUUUGCAUCAACAAUGGAAGAUGACGAUCAACAACGUCCUAAUACUGGACAUCGUAUUCAAGGAAAAAUUGAAAAGAAAUUAGGUCAAUUUCAACUGGCACUUAAUGAUGAUCAAAUGGAUGCUUUACGUUUACCUGAUUUACUCUCCAGUGAAUUACCAAAUGAUUAUGAUCUUCCAGAUUUACCACCAAGAACAGUACCAACAACAUCAAUUCCAGUUUCAUAUCUAGCUUCAUCAUCUGAUUGUCGUCAAUCAAUUGAUCUUGUUAUUGCACUUAUAGCUGAUCAUGAAGUUGCCAAUAGUUUAUCAUCAUUAGCACAAAUCGAUGAAGUUCUUAAUGAUGCUAAUAAAUGUGUAUAUCUUGAACAACAUGUUGAUAAACUUCUUCGUAUGCUUUCAAUGAAAUUACGUAUUGCACAACAAAAUCAUCUCUAUGAUUCAUCAUUAUCAACUGAUAGUGUUGAACGUUUAUUUCGUGGAAUAUUAUCUGUUUUACUUGAUCUCUUUUCACGUUCACAUCUUGCUAAAAUCGCUACACGUGAUACAUUAAAAGAAUUACUUAAUGUUCUCUUACCAUUUGUUGUUGUAACAAUAACACCAACACAAACAACAAAUAAUAAUAAUAAUAAUAAUAAUCACCAUAAUACAUCAAGAAUUGAUGCUUCAUCCAAUGAAGAUUUUAUUCGUAUUGUUAAUGUUAUUGUAUUAAAAAUUUUACAACAUGCACAUAUGACAAAUGUUUUAACAGCAUUAAUUCGUUUAUUAACAGAAUGUUGUUUACAAAAUGAUUUUUCAAUAAAUGAUCCAUUCGUUAAACUUGUAUUGAAGUGUCAUUAUCGUUUGGUUCGAAUGUUUCCAUUAUCAUUGAAAAAUAAUCCAGCGGAAAUUGAUGCAACACAGAUUUUAAUUGAAAUCUCUUCUUUUCUUAAACAAUUACCAUCACGUCGUUGGCAAGCAUCACCUACAAAUGAUUUUCCAUUACGUAUAAUAAAAACAUAUCUUCAACAAUUAGUUGAUGAACGUCAACGUUUAAUUCUUGAUGAUUUAUCACGUAUAUCAAAUGAACAUCAACCAAUAUCGGAUGAAAUGCGUCAUUAUAUACAUCGUAAAUUAAAAGCAAUAACAGCAUCAACAUCAACAACAAAUAAUGAACAAGUCACUCAACAACAUCAAGUUAUGUUAAAAGCAAUUUUUCAAAAAUUUGCUCGUCGUGAACAAGUUAAAAUUGGUUUAGAAGAAUUAUAUGAUUUUAAAUUACGUUUUCCUAAUGUUGAUAUAAAUCCAUUUUUGGCAACAACAGCUGAUGCUUUUCAAAAAUUUAUUCAUGAAGGUUUAGCACGUGUGCAUAAUCAACGUACGGCAGCAGCAGCUGGUGCAACACCUACAAAUUUAUCAUCACCAUCAUCAACUAUUCUUCGUGAUAAAACACAGACAAUAACAUCAGUUCCAUCACAAACACCACCAACUUCAUUCUAUUCACAAUAUGCACAAAUUCAUGAAGAAAAAUUACGUGCAUUAAAAGAACAAUUUGUUUGGAUUGAUACAUUACCAACAUCAGCAAAUAUUGAACAACAAAAACCAGUAUCUGAUGAUGAUUUUGUUGCAAUUUAUAAUAAACGUAUGACAGCUAUAAAAGACAAAUUUCGUGAUCAACUUGGAAAUACAUUUGCAUCAUCAUCAACACCAAUUGAUCCACAAGUUUAUUCACAACAUCUUACUCAAAUGCGACAACAAUGUGGUCUUGUUGCAACACCAAUAGCAACUGGACAAGAUGCAUUCGAUGUUGAAGUUGAAUCUCGUUUAAAUAAUGGUGGUGGAAACGGCGGAACUACAACUGGAGUAAAUGCUCGAUUAGCAGGUUUACGAUCAAAUAAAACAACUGAAUCAUCAAUAGAACCAUCUCCUUCAUUAUCAGCUCCAGGUGAUUCAACAACACAACGUACUCGCGAAUUACUACGUCAACGACUUGAACGUGUUAAACAAGGAAUUAUUGAAUAA